AUGGAGGCUAUCUUUGCUAAUGACAUGGCCCACAGCAAGUUUGCACUUGGGUGCAGAGGAGAGAGGAACUUCUCCGAGGAGGAGAUGCUCAUGUUAACUAACAUGUCAGAUGCUGUAAACAAUGUGGCCAAUGCUCUUAGGGAGAUUGGACCUGCCCAUGUUGAUGCCAAUCUAUACCUUGCUAUGAUGGAGAUGCCUGGCUUCAGUGAGGAGGCACUUAUUGUUGCCUACACCUUCCUCCUGGACAACAAGGCCCAAGGCAGAUGCUUUGUGAACAUGAGUGAUGCCCACAGGGCCCUUUGGCUUAGGACCUUCCUGGCCAAAAACUACUAUGUGUAG